GUGUGUGGGAGUGUUUGAUUUUGCAAUGGAUGCAAGACAGUGGGCUCAAAACGACCCACAAAAUAUGACUUUGCUGUAGCUUGACAAAACGUUUUAGGUUUGUAGGAUCAAUCCUGCUCCGAGUCAUCAUGGGGAGAACCUCGGCGCUGGUUACUGUCUUUGGGCUUCUGCUGGCUUUGACUGCGUCAUUACCAAACAAGGAUGACUGGGACAUUUACAGCUUUCACAUCAACUCCACUGUGACCAGCCGAUAUGCCACCACCGUCAUCACAAGCCGUGUGGCAAACCGCAUGAACGAAUCAAAAGAAAUUGAAUUCCAUGUUCAGAUUCCCAAGAAUGCCUUCAUCAGUAGGUUCAGAAUGAUGAUGGACGGUCAAGUGUUUGACGGAGUCGUGAAAACUAAGGAACAAGCUCAGGAGCAGUACACUAGAGCUGUGUCCCGUGGCCAAAGCGCUGGGAUUGUCCGCUCUGUUGGAAGAACCAUGGAGGAAUUUAAAACCUCUGUAACUGUGGCGGCCCACAAAAAGGUCACCUUUGAACUCACCUAUGAGGAGCUGCUGAAGCGAACCCACGGCAAAUACGAGCUGCAGAUCCACGCUCGACCCAUGAAGCCUGUCGAAGACUUCAAGGCUGAUGUGCACAUUCACGAGAAAGCCGGCGUCAGUUUUGUUGAUGUGAAAGGAGGACUGAGCACCAAAGCCUUGGCUAAUGCUAUCACUAAAACACAUGUAGAUAAGCAGGCAUGGGUACAUUUCUAUCCAACAGUGAACCAACAAAAAAAUUGUGACAGCUGUGGAGAAGAAGGGAUGAAUGGAGAUCUGGUUAUAGUUUACGAUGUCAACAGAGACAACGGAUUUGGAGACAUUAAGACUUCUGAUGGGUACUUUAUCCAUCACUUUGCUCCAUCAAGUCUUCCACGAAUACCAAAGAAUGUUGUCUUUGUUAUCGACCAAAGUGGCUCAAUGCAUGGCAGAAAAAUUACACAGACCCGAACUGCUUUACUCCAUAUUUUGAAUGACCUGGCAGAAGAUGACUUCUUUGGUCUCAUCAGUUUUGAUGGGAAAAUAAUUCACUGGAAACGGGAACUCGUUCAAGCCACUGAUCUAAAUCUGGAGGGAGCGAGAGGGUUUGUGAGGAAUAUUGAAGACAGAGGAAGUACAAACAUCAAUGCAGCAGUGUUGGAAGGAGCUCGUAUCCUGAAUGCACAUCCCAGAGAAGGCUCAGCUUCCAUCCUUAUACUCCUCACAGAUGGAGACCCAACAUCAGGAGAGACAAAUCUUGAGACGAUACAGUCCAACGUAAAACGGGCAAUUGCAGGAAAGUUUCCUCUCUACUGUCUCGGUUUUGGAUUUGAUGUUAAUUUUGAGUUCUUGGAGAAGAUGUCGCUGCAGAACAACGGUGUUGCAAGACGGAUUUAUGAAGACUCUGAUGCUGACUUGCAGCUUAAGGGUUUCUAUGAUGAAGUGGCCACUCCUCUGCUAACAGAUAUCACAAUGAUCUAUGUCGGUGGAACCAAUCUAACCAAGACUAAUUUCAGUCAGUAUUAUAACGGCUCUGAGAUCGUGGUGGCCGGUGAGAUCAUCGACAACAACGUAGAAAUCUUCACUCCUCAAGUUGUGGCCAUUUCAAGUAAACAAAAAGUAACAUUUUCUAACCCAAACGGCUCUGUGGAUUCUUCGGUCAGUGAUGGACUUCUUCAGAGAGUUUGGGCCUACCUCACAGUUAAACAACUUCUAGAGAAAGAGCUUUUGUUAUCUGGACCUGAGAAAGCAAAAGUGAAUAAAGAGGCUUUGGAGUUGUCUCUGACGUACGGCUUUGUGACCCCGCUCACAUCCAUGGUGGUCACCAAGCCUGAGGGGGAGAGCACAGAAAUUCAUCACAAACCGAAGGAGAAGGAAGAACGACCGCUGCCUCAGAGACAUCAAAGGAGACAACACGUCAUGGUGCAGCCAAGAACACAUGCCUCAUUAAGGCCUCAGAGGCGGACAAGCUCAACUCCUCUAGUGUUAUCUUAUAAAAGUUUGAAUUUUGAUUCAGGACAUAUCCAUUUGCCUACAAUUGCUCCUGUUUCCCACAGAUUUUUGAUGAAAACUGUGAAUGACACUUAUCCACUCUGCUUUGACAUUAUUGGAGCUGUAAUUGUUAAACUUCUUCAUCAUCCCAGCACAGAGCUUUACAUAAAUGGUGUGUUGGACUCAAGAAAGAAUGGUGGCUUCAAAGAGAUAGUCAUCCACGUCGGCGCUGACUUCCAUAUCAAGGUGGAACCAGAGAGGAUCAGACUUCAACAGGGACAAACUAUAACUCACCACACAAGAACGGAAAACAUCACAGCUGGAAGAUUUACAGUGAACAGGGGUAAAAAGCAAACAGAAGUUACAGAUGGUGACAUGCAUUUGGUCAUCUUAGUCCAUCAGAAGCACGGGAAGAAAUUCCUUUGGCCUGUUUUAAGACGGCUGCCGUCUGCUGGCGACACUGAAGGACUUUUAGCUUUAAAUCGUGUGCACUAUGAAGAGGUUCAUCGAGAUGUCCACACAAAAGUGAAGAUAGCAAACAGAGAGACUGAUACUCAGCGUUCCACAGCUGUUGACCUCAGGAUUCGGCGACCCGUAGAAGUCGGCUGUUGGCUUAUUCCUACUGACUUUGUCCUGCCAAAAUCUUUGACUGAUUUUCUUGUUGCCCGUGUUUAACUGAAAGUCAUGAUGAAUAAAUCAGAAAAAGUGCAAGUUAGAACUUAAUCCAAAAGAAAAACAAAAAACAAGUGAAGGUAGGUGCAGAAAACAUAGCAGAAUUGAUGCAAAAUUACAAUUAACAAUUAGUCUAAAAAAAGGAUUUUUUUGUAAUUAGGAGGUUAUCUUAUCACAUAUUUCAAAUACAUCUUUGUAACGAUCAAAAAUAGGAUUCAUUUGCAGUCGAAUAAAUAGUUAAGGAUCAUAUUUUUUUUCAAAAUCGCACAAUGGUUUUGUGUUCGACAAUUACAAAAACACGAGUUGAGCAAAUAUUUUAUGGCUAGAGAUGAACAUACAAAGUAUUAAUUAAGCUUAUGGCAGGGAGAGCUUUAAUUAAAAACUUACGGUCUCUGUAUAGUUUAGAGACAGCAUAAUUUUGAGGUAAAAUGUCUAAAUUAUGAGACAAACAUCCCCCAAGUUUGGAAGAACAAGGGCAGUUCAGGAGGGAUAGAAAAAAGAAAACUUUGUUACACCAAAAAACUGCCUUGUCAUGAGAAUUAAAACUAGUUUGAUCUAGAA